GCUCGGUGACGUCAUGUGUGUGCGACAGUGAUGGGGUAUGCGCUGUAGGCGGCUGAGACUGAAACAAAAACAGGAAGCUUGUUCAGACCUGAUCCAGAUCCAGGGUUUGAUCCGGAGAAGCGGAGUCGGGACUUCAGUGGAUCUGAGAUGGAGUCUGGAUCAGAACCUCCAGGAGGAGGAGUCAGAAGAUCUGGUCCAUCACCUCAGGUGAAGAAGGAGGAGAGAGGAGCAAAGAAGGAGGAGAGAGAAGCAAAGAAGGAGAAGAGAGGAGGAGGCCGCCUGCAGGAGGUGAAGAGGAGAGGGAGGAUGGAGAGGAGCAGAGAGGAGGAGCUGAGCGGCCGCCUGCAGACGCUGGACCUGUCCAGACGAGCGUCCGCCACAGGAACCGGACUCGUCUACUCUGAGAUCUUCACUCACCACAGGAACCUAUGGGAGCCCAGUCACCCGGAGAGUCCAGACCGAGUGACGUCCAUCAUGGAGGAGCUGGAGAGACGAGAUCUGCUGUGUCACUGCAUCAGGGUGGAGCCGAGAGAAGCUACAGAAGAAGAGCUGCUCCUGGUUCACACGAAAGGUUACGUGGACGAGAUGAGGUCGACUCAGACGAUGACGCAGACAGAACUACAGACUCUGUCCAACAAAUACGACUCAGUCUACGUCCACCCAGAGUCCUUCCAGGUGUGCUUGUUGGGGGUGGGGUCAGUCCUCCAGCUGGUUGACCAGGUCAUGACCUCUGACCUCAGGAAUGGAUUCGCUGUCAUCAGACCUCCAGGUCAUCAUGCUCAGUCCAGUCAGUCCAACGGCUUCUGUCUCUUUAACAACGUGGCGGUUGCAGCUCGUUACUCUCAGACCAGACACUCGGUCAGCAGGGUGUUGAUAGUGGACUGGGAUGUUCAUCACGGUCAGGGCAUCCAGUACCUGUUCCAGGAGGAUCCCAGUGUCCUGUACAUCAGCCUCCACAGGUUUGAACACGGCUCGUUCUGGCCUCACCUGCCUGAGUCUGACUGUGGCUUCGUUGGUCGUGGACGCGGUGAAGGAAGGAACAUCAACCUGCCCUGGAACCAGACGGGGAUGACUGACGCAGACUAUAUCACAGCUUUCCAACAAGUGGUGCUGCCUGUAGCCUACGAGUUUGAUCCGGACCUGGUUCUGGUCUCUGCAGGAUUCGAUGCUGCGGUUGGAGAUCAGAAGGGGGAGAUGUGUGUGACGCCUCCAUGUUUCCACGUCCUGACUCACAUGUUGAUGCGUUUGGCUGAAGGUCGACUCGUUCUCUCUCUGGAGGGAGGUUAUAACCUGCAGGCCACAGCAGAGGGCGCCGCAGCCUGCGUCCAAGCUCUGCUGGGCGGAGCCUGUCCUCCGCUGACUCCGCCCACUGCUCCGUCUGACAGUGCUCUCCGGUCCCUCUCUCAGACCGUCGCCGCCCAGUAUCCUCACUGGGCUUCUCUGCAAGUGCUGGAAGGAAGCUCAUUGGCUGAGGGCGCUGUCAUCAGAACGUCAGCGAGUCAGGAGAGCGUAGUGAAGCCCAACCCCGCCCCCUCUGCUGCCACGGUAACGGGUCUGGUUUAUGAUGAAAGGAUGAUGGAGCAUCUGAACCUUUGGGACAGACAUCACCCUGAACAGCCUCAGAGAAUCUCCAAGAUAUUCUCCAAACAUCAGCAGCUGGGAUUGGUAGAUCGUUGCCACCGGAUACCAGCUCGCUUAGCAACAGAGGAGGAGCUAUGUCUGUGUCACAGCGUGCAGCUCGUCCAGCUGAUGAAGACCACGGCCUCCAUGAAGCCCAGAGAUCUGAACAAACUGGGAAACGACUUCAACUCCAUCUUCAUCAACAACCAGAGCUUCCAGUCGGCUCAGCUGGCGGCCGGAGGCGUCUUCAACGCUGUGGACCAGAUCCUCAGUGGACAGGUGAGUAAUGGCGUGGCCAUCGUCCGCCCCCCUGGUCAUCACGCAGAGAGAGACUCUCCAUGUGGUUUCUGUUUCUUCAACACGGCGGCGUUAGCAGCUCGCUACGCCCAGAAGACUUCCCAUGAUGCACCGCUGCGGGUCCUGAUCCUGGACUGGGACGUUCACCACGGCAACGGGACACAACAUAUGUUCGAGGACGACAGCAGCGUCCUUUACGUCUCCCUCCAUCGCUAUGACAACGGGACGUUUUUCCCGUCCUCGGAGGACGCCGCCCCCGACAAGGUGGGCGUGGGCAAGGGGGCGGGGUUUAACGUCAACGUGGCGUGGAGCGGAGGGAGGAUGGGGGACUCCGACUACCUGGCAGCCUUCCACCACGUCGUCAUGCCGAUCGCCACCGAGUUUAACCCUGGUCUGGUUCUGGUGUCGGCCGGAUACGAUGCAGCCCGUGGUGACCCUCUGGGUGGAUACAACGUGACCCCGGAGGGAUACGCCCACCUCACACACAUGCUGAUGUCACUGGCGGGGGGGCGUGUCCUCCUCAUACUGGAGGGAGGUUAUAACUUGACGUCCAUCUCUGACUCCAUGGCGAUGUGCACCAGGGUGUUGCUAGGAGACCCUCCCCCAUCGUUGGUGAUGCCCCUCCCCCCUGCGCACCACAGCGCCGUGGCAACGAUCAACAUGGUCAUCCGAAACCACGCCCCCUACUGGAAGUCCCUGCGAGUACACAUCCCAGAGUCGGUGCGUGAGGCCCUGCCCUCCCCAAAGCAUCGUGGGAAACGUGGUUCUAAAGGAAAAGGCAGGAAGUCAGAGCAGCUGUCCCCUAGAGGACCGGCGGUCUCCACGACGCAGAGCAGUCUGGAGCAGCUCACGCUGGGAUUGGCCGGUCUGGACAUCAGUCAGAGCUCCUCCCCAUCAGAGCUCAGCCAAUCAGCGAAGAGCACGACGCUUCAGGCUGUUGCCGUGGCAACGACGGACCCAGAGGCAGCUGUGGGCGGGGCUGCGUGUGCUCUAGGGGCGAAGCCUGAGGGAGGCGGGGCUGUGUCUGGUGUGGAGGCGGAGCCAGAGCCUGAGGGAGCAUGUGGUUGGUCGAAGCCUCAGACGUGUGGAGCUGAUCUGGGCGGAUCCACUCUGUACGUUGUGGAUCCUCUGUCCUGGUGUCCCCACCUUGAUGCCGUUAAGCCCCUCCCCCCCUCGGGUAUAGACGUCUCCCGUCCUUGUCAGGACUGUGGCUCCGAUGCUGAGAACUGGAUCUGUCUCACCUGCUACCAGGUGUUCUGCGGUCGUUAUGUCAACGAGGACAUGGUGUCCCACGGCGUCAUGUCUGAACAUCCUCUGGUUCUGAGUUUCUCUGAUUUGUCCGUGUGGUGUUACCCGUGUGAGGCAUACCUGCACCACCAGUUGCUGUUUGAAGCUAAAAAUGCGGCUCACAUCUCUAAGUUUGGAGAGAGUGUCCCCUGGAGCUGAGAGGACGCCACGUCUCUGUCCUCCUGCACUGUGAUUGGUUGGUGCAUCUCCAUGGAUACCAGCAGCAGAGGGGCAUCGUGGGAAACGAGUCAUAAGGAGUCCUACAAGUGCCAAAAAAUAAAACAAUGAAAGUCGUGUUUUUAUCUUUUAUGAUUUUUUUAUCUUCAUCAUCUCCAUCACUUCCCGGACACUUUUAUUUUGAUCCUGAGUCGAUUAAAGAAUUAAAAAGGACGGAAAGUGAUCAGCUGAUCUCUAACGGUUUAUUCUCAUUGAA